AUGAAGAGCUGUCCAGCGUCGCACCCGCGGGCAGCCCUGGGUGCCACUGCUUGGAGUUCGACUCAUGGUGGAACGAGGGCAAGCAUCGGCGGUUCGUGUACAUCAGGUACAGCAUCACCGAGGGCGCUUUCCAGAUGGCUAUCGAUGAGGACAGCAAUCUCUAUCACGUCCCCGUGGCGUAUGGAGCACGGACCGGAGAGGCGGUGA